UCUCUGUGGAGGAGAAGGAGGGCGGGUCCACAGCAUCACCGUACAGAACGCACAGCACAGCUGCUGAUGCUGAACAGCAGAAAAAAAAGCAAAGCCAUGGGUUUAGAUUUGAGGAUUCCGGGCCUUGAUAUAUUCUGGAGAGUGUUCAAACGGUCUUCCACAUCUCAGAGAUAAUGGGGAAGAGGCAAGAAAUGAAACACAGAAGGAUCUCAUCGAUUUCUAUUGAAAAGAUGAAUAUCCCUUAAUGAAAAUAUUCAAGGCACUGUAGUAUUUGCAAAAAUGGCAAAGAAAGGGCGUUCAAAGGGUGAAAAGCCCGAAGCUCUGGUUUCUUCCCUGCAGGCUGCCAAUGAAGAUCUCAGGUCAAAAUUGACAGAUAUUCAAAUAGAAUUACAUCAAGAGAAAUGCAAGGUAAGCAAACUUGAGCGAGAAAAGGUUCAAGAAGCAAAGCGAAUCCGCGAGCAGGAGCAACAUAAACACACAGUGACCCUGACGGAGCUCAAAGCCAAACUCCACGAGGACAAAAUGAAAGAGCUGCAGGCUCUCCGUGAGAACCUAGUCAAACAGCACGAGCAGGAAAUGGCGAGGACAAUAAAAAUCAAAGACGGGGAGAACCAGCGGCUCAAGUCAGUGCUCGGCUCCUUGCGGGACGGGAGCAGCGAUAAAGUAAGGACAGCUUUGACGCUUGAGGCCAGAGAGGAGGCCAGGAGAUUCUUUGACUCUGAACGCCUCAAACUGCUGCAGGAAAUUACAGAAUUGAAAUUGGCCAAAAAGCAAGUGGACGAGGCCCUUAAUAACACGAUUCAGGCGGAUAAAAUGAAAGCUGGAGACCUGAGAAGCGAACAUCAUUUACAUCAGGAGCAUAUAUCCAAGAUCAAGUGGGAAAGUGAGAGAGACAUCCGGAGGCUGGUAGACGAGAUUAAAUCAAAAGACAGGACGGUUUUUGCUCUGGAGAAGGAGCUGGAGAGUCAGACCAGCUUCAUUCAGAAGCUCCAGUUGCAGAAGGAUGCCCUCGAUGAGCAGCUGUUUCUGGUGAAAGAGGCCGAGUGUAACAUUGGCAGUCCCAAACGAGAGAUUCCUGGAAGGGCAGGAGAUGGGGCAGAACAUUGUGGCAGCCCAGAUUUGCGGAGGAACCACAGAAGGGUUGCUGAAUUAAAUUCCACAAUCCGCAAACUGGAGGACAGAAAUACCUUGCUGGUGGAUGAAAGGAAUGAACUGUUGAAACGGGUUCGAGAAUCUGAAAAACAGUGCAAACCGAUGCUUGAGAAGAACAAGUGCCUCACUAAACGAAAUGAUGAACUCACCCAGUCACUGCAGCGCUUGGAAGAAAAGAUGAAAGCAUUAACUAAAGAAAACCUGGAAAUGAAAGAAAAAAUCAGUUCUCAUCCACCUUUGAAGAAGCUCAAAUCUUUGAACGAUCUGGAUCAGGCUCAGGAUGAUCAAGAAAUAGAAUUUUUAAAACUUCAGGUUCUAGAACAGCAGAACAUGAUAGAUGACUUAACAAGGGACAGAGAAAAAUUGCUACGUAAGAAGAGGCAUAAACGAAGUUCAAAAGCCCACAAGCGACCUAUACUGGUGGACACCUUUUUUGGGUACGAUGAAGAAUCAAUGGAUUCUGAAACCUCUUCCAUGGCCUCGUUUCGAACUGACCGAACACCAGCCACACCUGAUGAGGACAUGGAUGAAGGUAUGGCAGCAGAGGAGUCUGAACUGAGAUUCCGCCAGAUGACCAGGGAAUAUCAAGCCCUUCAGCGAGCCUAUGCCCUGCUACAGGAACACACGGGAGGCCUUAUAGAUGCUGAGAGGGAAUCAAAGGCCCAAGAAAAACUGCAAGCUGAAGUACUCAGGUAUAAAGCUAAAAUUGAGGAUCUAGAGAAAGAACUUGCCCAGAAAGGACAGGAUUCAAAAUGGGUCGAAGACAAGCAACUAUUUCUUAAAAGAAAUCAAGAACUUAUUGAAAAGAUAGACGCCCUUGAGGCAGAAAUCAGCCGUCUUCAAGAAGAACUUCAAGACUCCAAGGACCAGAAUGAACUGCUAGAAUUCCGUAUCUUGGAAUUAGAGGAACGUGAAAGGCGAUCCCCUCCUUUCAAUCUCCAGAUCCACCCCUUCUCGGAGGGAGUCAGUGCUCUUCAGAUCUACUGUAUGAAGGAAGGGGUCAAAGAUGUCUGUAUUCCUGAUCUAAUAAAGCUGCUGGACAUUCUGGGAGACAAUGGUAAUUUAAGAAAUGAAGAGCAAGUGGCCAUCAUUCAAGCAAGCACUGUAUUAUCACUUGCAGAAAAGUGGAUACAGCAGAUUGAAGGUACUGAAGCUGCUCUGCAUCAAAAAAUGCUGGACUUGGAAAUUGAAAUGGAUAUGUUUUGUAAGCAGAAAGGCUAUUUGGAAGAAGAACUUGAUUAUAGAAAACAAGCCUUGGACCAGGCAUACAUGCAAAUCCAAGAUCUGGAAGCCACCUUAUAUAACGCCUUACAGCAGGACACAGUGAUAAAAUUCGGGGAGUCUCUGAGCGAGAAGCAGAAGGACGAGCUGAGAUCAGCCGUGGAGAAACUGAGGCGUCAGAUGCUGAGAAAGAGCAGGGAGUUCGACUGCCAGAUCCUGCAGGAGAGAAUGGAGAUGCUGCAGCAAGCUCACCAGAGAAUUCGAGAUCUGGAGGAUAAAACAGAUAUUCAGAAGAGACAAAUCAAAGACCUGGAAGAAAAGUUUUUAUUUCUGUUCUUGUUCUUUUCUCUUGCCUUUAUCCUUUGGCCUUGAUGUCUUUCACACCUCCCAGCCGAGACUUUAUGGAAGUUCAGAACAUGUACAGAACAAUGGUUUCAAUCUAUUAAUGAACAGAACCUGGUUUACAGCAAUCUUAUUUAUGUAGCCAAGGCUACCCUUACAUAUUUUAUAUAAGCCAUUUGCAAGAUUGGUUGCUUGGCGGUUUGUACGAGAUCCAAUCUGAUACAGUAUAUGCUGCAUUGAACUGAACACGCGUGAAACAUGUUAAGUAAAACUACACUUGAUUGAGAGCAAGGCAGAAACGUUCACAUAAGUUCAGAUCCACACGUCUCAGACAGCGAACCAAAGUCAGGAAGAUCGUAUCCCUGCCGUGCAGGGGACCUCUUUAAAGCAUCACAUCACUGGAUUCACGAUUGGGGAAAUAAGUUGUUGAAAAGUCAUAGCUCCAAAAGGAAUUCCAAUUCUUCUCUUCCACAAAACCGCGUAGCGAGUGGAAAAUCAAGACCGAACAGGAUGGAAGGACUGUCCUUUAUUACACAGGGAUUAUGAGCACUCACUCAGGUGACCAAGGUGACCCACUGUAACAAAACACAAAGCACCGGAAACAGGAAACCAUUCAGGAACUGACUGUAAAUGGAUCUCCUUGUGAGAUACAGCGUACAACACAGAAUGGUCACUAGAGGGCAUGAAGCGCACUGAGGCUCUUUAGUUCUAGUGCAAGGAGGAAACUGUUUGGUUGAUAUCCUGUUGGAAGAAUGAUCUGAACACAUGACGUCUUUAUGAAAAAAGGACAGAAGUACUUAUUCACUUACUAGUUUUUUUUUUUUUAUUAUUAUUAUUUUUCUAAGACGUUCUAUCAAUAUAGAAAUGUACAGGCUUUUACCUUACCUGCAACUGUUCCCUCGAAUGUACUGGUAUACAUUUGGGUAUAUGUACAUGAUUGUGGCGGUUUGUUUAUUGCAACGGUUUUAUUUUCUUAUUGUUAAAAGUGACUCAUAAUUUAACAUCCCUACUUGGUAUUUGUGGCUUGAGCAAUAGUAUCACACAACCAUUUUUGUAUUAAUGUACAGUAUAAAUACCCAUAAAGCUAUUGUGGUGACAGCUGCAACUUUUUUUUUUCAUAAAAGUAUAGUAGAUAUUACAAAGUUUUAAUGCUAUAGCAUUUUUCUCUUUGGGAACAUUACAUCUAUGGUUGUGUAUUUUUUUUAUUUAUUUAGUUAUCUCAAGGAUCAGUGCUUUGUUUCUAUGCAGCACAACAGGCUUACUUUAGUGACCCCAUCCAACUGCAAUAGGAGACUUUGUAAUGGAGAAAGCUCGUGUAAUUGAUAUAGUGGUUGUGUCUUUUGUUUCACCAUGUUUGAGACAAAAGCUUUUAGUUUGCAGAUGAAAAGUCUACAUUGUUGAGCAAAGAGGUACAUAUCCCCGACCACCAGCUACUAAUAAUUCUAGGAUACAAACUAACCUGAACUCAUAGUGCACAUGCCUUAAAUGUUCUUCCUUUUUCUAACUGAUACAAAACAAAAGUAAGUUACUAUCCUUAUGUUUCUGAUCCUGUUGCAUGACUAGCAGAUCAAAAUUUUUAAUAGCCACUGACACCUGUAUCUUUACUGGUUUAGAUAAACAGGGUUUGUUGAAAUGUUAUUUACAAUAACAUAAGUCUGCCAAAGGAAAUUCCAUUACAGAUGCUAAACUCUUUCCACAUCUGUUAAAAUAUCUACUUUGUGUCACUAUACAUUAGUUUAUUAAAUAAAGGAUUGAAAAGGAAUUAUGGAGAUGUUAUUACCUAACAUUAUCAGUCAUACUUUACUUUCACAAAAAAACAUGCACAUUUUCCUUUUGGAUUGAAAUACAGUAAGUCCGGCCCAAGGUGUCAUAGCAAAAUACAUACUUUUGGUUACUAAGAGGAAUGGCCAGUGCUAAAUAGCAAAAAUUCCAAUUUCUCAUUUGUAUUUUAAAUAGAUUUUUUUAAUUAAUUAAUUAAUUAAUUAAUUAAUUACCUGUAUCCCUGUUCAGUUAUCCCUGAAAAACUAAUUGCAUGUGUAACGUAGCGUUGCCAACCCUUCCCUCAAAAGUGCUUAUGUUGCCUGCAUGUUAAUUGGACAAGCACUUUUGGAAUUGUUUGCUUCUGUGACCUUGGUAAAGAAGGGAUGGCUGUGGGCAGUGUUAGCCCUCAUGCACUGAUACCACAUCCCAUGGCUGGCUUUGGUGGAUAUGAACAUUUGUCAGAUUUGUGAGGAUUAAAUACUGUACAUGUCCUUCUGCACGAACAAACAGUGAACUUCAUAAAAAUGUGGCCAAUGCAAGAGCAGAGCUAACACUUUUUAUUAUCGUUUUCAGUAAUGAUAGAACAUAUUCAUAUUUGUUUUAUCAUAUAGAAUGGCAAGUCUGGGAAAAUAAAGGGCAGGAGAUUAAAAACAAAUUGAAAUGCUCAACGGAGCCCCAUCAAAACACAUUAAACAUGGAAUUUGUUGGACCUGGUUUGGCCUUAUUAAAGGAUAAUAUUAAAUAGCAGUACUUAUUCAAUCUAAAACCUGUUUUAAGGUUGCACAGUUUCUUCCAAAAAUAUAUGUAUACAAUAUUUCAAUAUAAUAUCCCAGUAUAUCACAAUACCAUUAAUUGCAUCAUGUGCUUUAAUGGAGGGGUGUUAAAGUAAUCAUAAGCAAGUUUAUACUAGAAUAAUAGACACAAGUUUGUGGACUGUUUUAAAGACUUAUUCACAGACAUUUUCCUCCCUUCAUAAAUACUUUUAUAGAAACAAAUUGUAAACCUAUGUGUAUCCCUCUAGGUUUUAAAGCACUUUUCAGUUCUCAAAGGCAGUGGUUAAAAGGAGAAUACAUUUUGUGAAGAGUGCAAUUAGCUGAAAUUAUCUUGAGAAGAAAAGCCUCUAGUUUGGCUGAAGACACUGUUUCUGCUUGCGUUUUUUAAAGGGACAAUGCCUUUUAGGAUGGACUUAGGCAAGUCUAUACAAAAUAAUAAUCAGACAAUAGAAAUCAAAAUGAGAUGUCCACAUUUUAUGCAGUUUGGAUAAGAUCGUAGUACUGUACUUACAGUAGAGUUUUUAAUGAACUUCAGUUGCGCUACAACAGUUUAAAUCCUUGCUCUUUUCCUGUUCAUGCAAAAAGCAGAAGAGCAGAUUGAGUUGUGUUAUGGCAUUUUAUACAAGUCGUUUAAUAAACAGCACCUGCAGACAAGCCCCUAAUCUAAAGAUGGUGGAUCAAAACAUUGGUUCCAUUGCCUCCUACACAGUGAAAUAAUAAUGGCAAAUAGUGUAGCUCAUUUAGUUAAGAUAUACACAGUAUUACAUUUAAAAGAAAACCAUUUAAAUUAGGUUCCAGUAGAUACAGUAACAUCCCUAAGUACAGCGUAGUCUCCAUUUGAUUUUAGUUCACAUUUAACCCAACGUGUUAAACCAAUACAUUGUCUUUCAUGUUUGGUUACUUUUCCCAAUAAAAGGGAAAUUUUAAUACUAACUGUAGCACUAUAUAAUACUGUCUGUAUUGAAUGAGAGAGUAAUUGCACUUUUAAACACUGUAGGCUAUAUCCAACAUUUACCACUGUGUUAAUUAAACACCAUUUAGUUAAAAAAAAAAUGUAUGUUAAGAAUCUUCCUUUUACAAACAAUGGUGCAAACUUAGCAUGGUGAUAAAUGUUUUGUGAAUAUGGCCCAAUAUGUUUCCUUGUUCUCGAAAAGGCUUUUCUACUGUAUGUCCUUGCUCCUGAAAAUCUACUAACUGCAAUGAAGAAUUAUUUUUAAUCACUGUGUUCCCUCUUCCCCAUCACUGAUCUGCCAUGUGUGUUAAUAAAAAAUGUACAAAGAUAUGCGUAGUGAACCUCUUGACUGUAUGCAUUAAUCUGUAGAGGAAAAUGAAUGCUAAUGUAAAGUUUUCUGAAGUUAUUUUUUAAUUUAUUAUAGGAGUUUACUAAACCGGUAUUUGAGUUUGUAAAAAAAUAAAAUAAACACUUGCUUUUCUCAAACA